AUGGCCCGCGCCACGACCUUUCGACUGCGAGCCAACGGCCUGGUCUUGUUUCUAGAUACAUGGCUGGAGAGACCCUCUGUGUUGCCAAAGCAUCUUGAUAUCGAUGAUGUUACUGAAGCAGAUUAUAUCUUCAUAUCUCACGCUCAUUUCGAUCACCUGCCUGGUGCGGAUAAGAUAGCAAAGAAGACCGGCGCUGUGGUUAUCGCCAACGGCGAGGCGAUUAAGCUUCUCCGAGAUGCUGGCGUCAACGAAUCUCAACUCUUCCCCGUCGCGGGUGGAGAGCGUAUUCCAUUAUUCAGAAAGGACGACCGUGAGGCUGCGGUGGACGGCAAGAUACCUAUCGCUGAUGGGCCGCCCGGAAUGCCAGCUAGACCCAAUCACUCUCGAGCUGUCAUGUCUGUCCACGUUUGGCCCUCUCUACAUGCUCUCAUGCCGGGAAGUGGACAUCACGAUAUUCCGGAGGAGAUUGACACCGGUACAGUCUACAAAGGCGAGGCAACACCGUAUACUUGCACUCUCGACAUUACAAUGGGGAUGAGAUACGGCCUCAUGCGCAUGAAAGACAACAUGCCUCUCGAACAGAUGGACAACGGAAUGAAGUCCUUCGCAGAGUACAUCAGCGACAGAAAGAACAAUGUGUUCUCACACUACGAUGGCGGUCAACUAGCCUACAACUUCCUUAUCGGGUCCGGACAGACUGUUUUCUGGAACGGACACUUAGGUGGCUAUGAGGGCAUCAUCAAGAGCAUUCAGCCCACCCCAGACGUAGCAAUUCUCACCAUCGCGGGGCGAGCCAAUCUGAAUGGCCGACCUUACAAUGGAUCUGCUGCCCAGUUCGCGACGAACCAGAUCCGGUGGCUAUCUCAACCGAAGAAAGUGAUCUGGGCUCUCCAUGAUGAGGGUGCGAUCAAGCCGUAUCGAGUAGACACCGCCGCCGCAACUGCCAUGGUCCAUGCUCAGACCUCAUCGACAGUAGAAGAGCUUGAAUUCGGACUCGCAAAACCGCUUUUCUGAACUACCCUGAUGAUGAAGGGUUGGACUCGGUAAGGCUUAUCAGCAAGUCUUCAGGCGAAGAAGUCCAUCUUGGUUCCGUUUGGCAACUUAACAAAAACGGGCCAACCAUUGAGGUUUGAUUUUGCUCUGUGGCAUGUAACCUUAUCCGAGCGACGCUUCAAAACGGAAAGCUGCGGGCACCGAACACCGAGCCAGUCGGAAGGCGGCCACGUACUCCUUCACGGACCCGUCUGGAGUUGGCACGACAUCCGACGGUGGGGGAGGG